AUGGGAUUCCUGCGCUCGUCAUUCGGGCUAGGCCUUAUCGUAGGCCUGGUAGCAUUUUGGGUUCCUACACUCUGGCACCAAAUUCGAAUUGGCGGUGUAUUUUUGACCCCGAAGCAAACGAUCUUCGGCGAAGGCCAGGGCCCUAUUCGCAUUGAAGACACCAUCCAUUGCGAGGAUGUGCACCACUACCGUCCGGCAAACUUGAUUUUCACUGCGUGUGAAGACACCAUCGAUACUCGGUUUAAAUGGUUCCCUGGUCUGGGUCAUUUAAUUCCCCAUUCGCCAGCUCGUGGAUCAUUUCAUGUCAUUGACCCCAAGACUUUCAAGUCCAGAAGGCUGGCCUUUGAGAACUUCAAGGGCUCAUUCGUAACCCAUGGAAUCGACGUUAUCGAGGAUCCUUCGCAAGAGGAUGCGGUCUAUAUCUUUGCAGUCAACCACUUACCCAACCCUGAAUAUUUCGAGGUGGCCGAGCCCGCCAAAAACACACUCCAGGGCCGAUCUCAAAUUGAAGUCUUCCAUCAUGUCUUGGAAUCGGACACUGUGCAACAUGUUCGGUCGGUUCGCCACCCAAUUAUCAAAACCCCGAAUGAUAUCGUUGCUACCACUCCUAGUUCAUUCUUCGUGACGAAUGAUCAUUUACAUCCUAGUGGCUGGCUCCGAUUCCUUGAGGAUCUCUGGCCCCGCGCUAAAUGGUCGUCAAUCAUCCAUGUUCAAGUGACAGACUUGAAAUCGAAGGACGCUACCAAGGGCUUCAAUGCCUCAGUCGCUCAUCAGGGUCUCUGGAAUAAUAAUGGCCUUGGUCAUGGUCGUACCAGUACAGAAGUUGUCAUCUCCAGUGCUCAAGGUGGAGAGCUCUAUCUUGCUGAGCGGCACGUGGCCAACAAUACUCUCUCCGUGCAUACUACUAUCCCCUUCAAUACUGUUACUGAUAACCCGAGCUAUUAUUUGGAUCCUUAUCGGACUGAAUCUGAUGAUGCAAGUGGAUUUGUGGUGGCUGGUAUCUCACAGCAUAUUAAAUUGCUCUGGACCGGUUCGGAUCCUAAAGGCAUUGACCCGGUGCAGGUCUGGUAUACUCGACCAAAGGCAGGCUCAGAUGAGUGGGAAAAGAAAUUGCUUUUUGAAGAUGAUGGGACCAUUCUUCGUACAGGAAGUGCGGCUGUUCUGGUCCCUGUGGAGCCAGUGGAUGGCAAGAAAUUGGCUUGGUUAUUUGUUACUGGCUUCUUGUCGGAAGCUAUUGUGGCCGUGCAGGUUGAGCUGUAG